CCAAGGAGCUCAUCCCAUCCCCAGGUGACGACAGAUUACAAAUUUACAAGGCGACAGAAGAAAAGACAAUGCAGCAGCGGCAGCACCACUCAUCCACCGCCACCUCAUCGGACUAUGGCUCCAAGAGCCACCGCUCGCUCGCCCUCUUACAUCCUUCCAUCCGUUGUCGCCUUAUCCCUCCUCUCUCUCGUUGUCGUCGUCUACAAGGUGGACGACCUCGCCACUCAGACGAAGACAUUGGCGGGCCACAACCUCGACCCGACGCCAUGGCACCUCUUCCCUCCCAAGACCUUCUCCGACGAGACCCUCCACGACCGAGCCUACAAGCUCAUUCACUGCUCCUACCUCGUGUGCCGCUACAGAAACAACGACAUCCCUGAACGGCGUCGUCCUCCUUCGUCCAGCGCGAAAGCCCCAAAAUGCCCCAAUUUCUUCCGAUGGAUCCACCACGAUCUAGAGCCGUGGGCCCGAAACCGGAUCUCCGCGGCCCAUCUGGAGGCGGCCAAGCAGUACGCUGCGUUUCGCGUGGUGAUUGUUGGCGGGAAGCUGUAUGUGGAUUUGUACUGGGCUUGUGUGCAGAGCCGAGCCAUGUUCACCAUUUGGGGUUUGCUGCAGCUCCUUGCGAGGUACCCGGAUCGGGUUCCGGAUGUGGAUAUCAUGUUUGAUUGUAUGGACAAGCCCAUUAUUAACCGGACCGAGCAUGAAUCAAUGCCUUUGCCACUUUUCCGGUACUGUACGGAUGAAGAUCACUUUGAUAUCCCAUUUCCUGAUUGGUCUUUCUGGGGUUGGCCGGAGCUACAUAUUUAUCCCUGGAAUGAGCAGUUCCGAAAAAUCAAACGGGGUUCUAAGGAAAGAAGUUGGAGAAAGAAGGAGCCUUUCGCGUAUUGGAAAGGAAACCCAGAUGUUAGUUCCCCUGUUCGUACAGAGUUACUUAACUGUAACGACACUAAGAUGUGGAAAGCACAGAUUAUGCGUCAGGAUUGGGAAGCGGAAGCAAGAGCCGGUUAUGAGCAGUCCAAACUGUCUAAUCAGUGUAAUCAUCGGUAUAAAAUCUAUGCAGAAGGCUAUGCUUGGUCCGUGAGCUUGAAAUAUAUUGUGUCAUGUGGUUCUCUUACAUUAAUAAUAACCCCACAAUAUGAGGAUUUCUUCAGCCGUGGUCUCAUUCCUAGGGUUAACUAUUGGCCUAUCUCUCCCAAUGCUAUAUGCCCGUCCAUAAAAUCUGCUGUUGACUGGGCCCAUGGACACCAAUCUGAGGCUAAGGAAAUAGGACAAAGAGGGCAAGAUUUUAUGGAAAGACUAAGCAUGGACCGGGUCUAUGAUUACAUGUUUCACCUCAUCACAGAGUACUCGAAGCUGCUGGACUUCAAGCCAGUCUCUCCAGAUUCUGCUCUGGAAGUGUGUGCGGAAUCCCUGAUUUGUCUUGCCGACCCUAAACAGAGGCAGUUUUUUGAAAAGACAACUGCAUACCCUUCUGCUAGCCCCCCAUGCACUCUCCAGUCGGCCGAUAGUAAUCUCAUCAAGAGAUGGAGACAGAAAAAUAAGGAAAUGAUGGAGGCUGUGGAGGAUAUGAAUCCAAAAGAACGGAGACGAUUAAACUAGGAUGCGGCCAUAGUUUUAUAUAAUCAUAAUUUUAUAGAGUUUUUAGUUGGUGGGUAGUCUUAGAUGACCCCUGGAGUAGGGUUUUCUUCCCCCUUAAUUAUUUUUUUGCGUGUAAAGAAUAUAGCAUUGGUGCACAACAUUUGGGACUGGAAAAAGACACAUACAACAAUAAAAUACUAUGUGAUUAUUUUCUUCCCUUGAAAUAUUUGAAAUAUAAAUGGACUUGGUUCUAAAUCUUU